GGCAAGUCCAGCUCACAGCCGGGGAGGAGAUCAGGGAUGGGGCAGGUCAGGAAGACGCGUGGUUGGGCCAUUGCAUCAGGCCCAGGAGGGGCAUAAAGGAGGGUCCUGCAUGCUGGGAGGAGGCUGACUUGGGGACCAUGGAGACUCAGAGGGCCAGCCUCGCCCUGGGGCGGUGGUCACUGUGGCUACCGCUGCUGGGACUAGUGGUGCCCUCGGCCAGCGCCCAGACCCUCAGCUACAACGAGGCCGUGAUUCGUGCUGUGGAUCGUCUCAACGAGCGGUCCUCAGAAGCUAAUCUCUACCGCCUCCUGGAGCUGGACCCGCCUCCCAAGGCCGACGAGGACCCGGACACCCCAAAGCCUGUGAGCUUCAUGGUGAAGGAGACCGUGUGCCCCAGGACGACCCAGCAGCCCCCGGAGCAGUGUGACUUCAAGGAGAAUGGGCUGGUGAAACAGUGUGUGGGGACAGUCACCCUGGACCAGGACAGGGGUAACUUUGACAUCACCUGUAAUAAGGCCCAGAGUGUCAGGAUUACAAAGCUACCAUGGGCGCCACCACAGCCGGCGCAAAUAUGUCGCAUGAUAGUGGUAAGAAUGUGCCGGUAAUCAGCACAUCAAGGC